ACAGAUGGCGCGCAGUGCGCUUAGCGGAAUGCGCGAGACAGGAGCCCGGGCGCGCACACGUCUCGUGCAUGAAUAGUGACGGUGGUGGCAAUACACAGUGGGUGUCUACACUGCUUCAAUGUUAAUCGCAUUAACGUUGACAUUCAUAGGCUCCCACAUUAGUUCCCGCCGUAAUUCCUUCUUAUGCAGUAAAGCUUUUCUAAACGCAUGAAAAGCAGUACGUUCUUUCUUUGUGCACAUGCGUAUCGGUGCAAUUACAACGGGAUGCAACUUCGCAAAUGAUGAAUUCACCAUUCCAGAAAGCCGUUUGAAGCAGUUUAGGCAAAACAUGCACACUCGACUCUCACUAAUUCAUCCUUGCGAGACAGCAAAAUUUAGUCAGGAUAUCUUAAGGCCAAAACAAUGAACGGUGACAAAAUUACUGUAUUCAAAUAUCUUAUCGCUCAAUGCAAUCUAUUCUCUGUGUCUUUUUUUUUUUUCUCUGAAAGCGCUGCUCGACGGGCAUGUAUAAACGAGCGGCAACAUGUGUCAAUGCUGCUUGAGCGUGUAACUCAAAGCAAAAAAGUAAAUUUGUAAAUGUUCGUGAAAAUGAAAGUAAAUUAAUGGUAAAGUAAAACAGCUUUCCGCCCGCGAAGCACUAGUGUUUCGUCCACAGGGAUGUCCGAUUUCGUUCGAAUAAACCGAAAAUCUGAAUUAACCGAGGCUAAAUUGCCAUGAGUGCAACUGCCACGCACCAUUUCCUUGUUGUGCGGGCCACCAUACUUGCCGCUUUCGUAGACAAUAGCGCCAGAGUUCUCUGCAGCUAUUUCGGUAGAAAACUAUGCUUUCUGGUGCUCAUGGCUACGGCCUGUUAAUAUAAUUGAACGUGCUCGAUGUUUGCGAAGACACUGCAACGCAUGCACUUUUACUACCAUAUGGAUACGGAAAAUUAAAUACCAGUGUGACAACUUUGUUAUGGUCACAUAUUUACGCAGUAUCAAGAGAUUGAAAAACGCGCAUUUCGGAAAAAUGUCUGCUUGCUUACAUAUCCGGUUUCUUUUUUUUUUGUAUGUGUCUCUUUUCUUACGCAGGAACAUCAACGGAUCCAUUGCAUAUGACAAGGCUAAUGUGGUCAAAGCCCUAGAGGCUCUUUUCCAGAAGGGCCUGGUGCAUUUUGGUAUGCUAAACGUCUACAACUUACAGGACUACGAUGCCCUGAAAAACGGCGACUUCAAAUACUUGACUGUUGUAACAGAGUUCCUGAUGAAAAAGCAAGGGGACAAGCCAAAGUACUUCUGUGCCUUGGGAGCCGGGAUCAACGACGGACCAGCGACUACCACUUACCUCGACUUGGUCAAAAAAGCUGUCACGGAUUUCCCUGGAAUAACAAUGAUGGUCCUGAGGGUACACACUGAGCUGAUAAAAACUGUCGAAGAGCGGUACACUGCCGGGCCCAACCCGGACAGCCUGACAUUGGUCGAGUACAACACGCUCACGCUGAACAUGAUAGCUAAGGACUUGCGGAGCCGUCUCGAAGAGAUGAUUUUGGGACGACAAUUCUACGCCAUGCUGUCGUUUGGAAUGUACGCGCGGGCCUUCACCAUGUCACCCAACUGGACAAUAGAAGAAGAGCGGACGUUAGCGUGGAACACGACGAUCAUGGAUUAUCGCCUCGCGUGUUUGAUGGGAGCUCCACGGCGCGACCACGUCGACACCGGCUCAAGCUACUCGGCAGACGUUGCUAACCACUUCCUCGCGAUCUUCGACACUACCGAGGAUUGCGAAACAAAGAUAACGGAACGUAUGGCCCUGCAUCUACCGAAGCAACCAACAGGCAUAAUGGCGUACCACGUCGAGUUGGACGACUUCAAUAACGUGUGCAACGAGGGCGCCUUCGCCCGCAUCAAGAAGAUCAGGGACAAGAUGUAUACCACAAAACCACGCCUCAAGCGGGCAUGACCUCCGUUUGAAUGGCGUGGACUCGCCAGGUGCUCCGUUCCGAAAGAAAGCCCUGCACUCAUGGCCGGUGGCUCCAUGAAAUAUGACGCUGGUGACGUUCUCGCGCGUGGCAAAAUAAACUGCCCA